AGUGGUGGGUGAGUGGUGAGUGAGGAGGAGGAGGAGGAGGUGCGAUGGAGGGAGGGGCGCUGGAGAGCCGGGAGACGAAGCUCCGAGUGUCACGUCUCGCACGCCGCAUGAACGAGCUGGAGGAGACGCUGGACCAGCUGAGAGUGACGGGGACCGAGAUCGAGACGCUGUGGGGACAGCUGUCUCAGGACGGAGCCAUCCCCCUGUCCCCCACGUCCCCGCCGCUGUCUCCGCUGUCCCCCGUGCCGUCUCCGCUCUCCCCGAUGUCUCCGCGGUCCCCCGCCUCGCUGCUGCGUGAGGUGGAGGCUCUGAGACGUCGGGCGCAGGAGGCCCUGGGCAGGGAUGGGGAUACGGGGAGGAUGCAGAGAGAAUGUGCGGAGAUGUCCCAGCGGAUCGCCGCAGAGACCGAGACUACAGCGACCUUGCAGGCACAGAUUGAUUCUCUCAAAGAGAAGUUGAAAGAGCGAGCGAAACCUGGAGACAGUAACGGAGCCAAAGAUGAUGAAAAUGAGCUGCUGGCCGAGCUGGUUUUGCUACGCGAGCGAGUUCGCUCCGUGGAAACCCGCGGGGCCGAGCACGACGAGACGGAGGCGGUGCUGCGUGAGCACCUGGAGCGGCUGCGUGCCGCUGGCCGGGAGGUGCGUGCCCGCGUGCGCGAGGCCCACCGCGACCGGGACGAGGCGAAGGCGGCGCUCGGGCGGGCUGAGAAGACGCGUGAGGAGAUGAGGGAGCGAGUGAGAUGCGUGGAGAGACAGCUGGAGGAGAGUGUGCGCCUCCGGGAGGAGUUUGAGGAAUCUCAGCAGGAGCUCGCCCGCCUCCGGGAGCGAAUCCUCGACACCGACGAGAGGCGGCUGGAGGCGGAGUCGAAACUCCGCGCCCUUCAGGAGGAGCGCGGGAACGCCGAGGAGCGGCUCCGCAGCUCCGACAGGGAACGCCGGGAGCUGGAGGAGAAGCUCGCCGUCGCCGAGAGGGACCGCCGGGAGCUCGGGGAGAAACUCCGGGACGCCGGCAAGGAUUCCCGCGGCUCUCAGAAUGCCCGGGAGCUCGAGGAGAAGCUCCGGAUUGCCGAGGGGAAAUCCCGGGAGGCGGAGGAGAAGUUUGGGAAUUCCGAGAGGAAAUUGCGGGAGCUCGAAGAGAAAUUCGGGAGCUCCGAGAAGAAAUCCCGGGAGCUGGAAGAGAAAAUUCGCGAUGCCGGCAAGGAUUCCCGCCAGUCUAAAAACGCCCAGGAGUUGGAGGAGAAGCUCCGGAAUUCCGAUAAGAAAUCCCGCGAGCUGGAGGAGAAAUUGGGGCGUUCCGAGGAAAAAUUCCGGGAGCUGGAAGAGAAGUUCGGCACUUCUGAGAGGAAAUUACGAGAGCUGGGUGAGAAGCUUGGGAAUUCUGAGGAGAAGUCCCUGGAUCUGGAAGGGAAACUUGGGAGUUCUCAAAAGGAGCUCGAGGAGCUGAAAGCUAAGCCGCGGGAUUCCCUGCAGGACCGCCGGGAAUUUGAGGAGAAGCUCAGGAAUUCCGAGAAGGAGCGCCAAUCUCUUGAGGAGAAAGUCCGCAAUUAUGAGAGGGGCGUUCAAGAGUUAAAAUCGAAGCCUCGGUUGCCCCAGGAGGAUGAGAAGGAUCGGGAUUCCCAGAAGGAGCGCCAGGAGCUGGAAGAGAACCUCCGCAAGUCCGAGGAGCAGCGUCGGGAAUUGGAGGAGAAGCUUCGGAAUUCCCCGAGGGAAGUUCCGGGGUCUCAGCCCAAGCCGCCGCGGAUUUCCCGGGAUGAGCGGCGGGAGUUGGAGGAGAAGCUUCGCGCUUCCGAAAGGGAGCGCGGGGAGCUGGAAGAGAGCCUUCGGAAUCACAAGCGGGAACGCCGGGAGUUUGAGCAGAAACUUCGCCAUUCCGAAAACCAACUGGAAGAGCUGAAGGCGAAGCCGCGUUUCCCCCGCGCGGAGCGCCAGGAGCUGGAGGAGAAGCUCGGGAAUUCCGAGAAGGAGCGGCGGUCGCUGGCGGAGAGGCUCCUGAGCCUCGAGAAGGAGCUCCAGGCGUUGAAGGCGAAGCCUCGGCCCUCCCGGGAGGAAGAGACGGAACGCCGGGAGCUGGAAGAGAAGCUCCGAAAAUCCGAGAAGCAGCGCCAGGAUUCGGAGGAAAAGCUUCGCAAUUACGAAAAGGAAAUCCGGGAAUGUAAACCGCAGCCCCGGUUCUCGCGGGAGGAGCGCCGGGAAUUGGAGGAGAAGCUCGGGAAUUCUGAGACACAGCGGCGGUCUCUGGAGGAGAAGCUUCGGGGCUCCGAGGCCGAACGCCGGGAAUUGGAGGAGAGGAUUCGGAGUUCCCAGAGGGAGCUGGAGCAGUCCAGGGUCACUCCACAGGCGUCGGAGCAAAGGCCCGGGAACUGGGAGAAGGAGCGCCGCGAGCUGGAGGGGAGGCUGGAGAACUCGGAAUGGGAGCGCCGGCGCUUGGAGGAGAAACUGGGACCACAUUCUCCGAGUGCGGCUCGGGACCGUCUGGACGUGAGUUUGGGGCCCAGCUCUCCACGUGCCGGCCGCGAGCUCGAACGUCUCCGCGUCGAGCUCACCGACCUGCGGCAGCAGCUGCAGCGCUCGGAAGCUCGGGCGCUCAAACUGGAGCAGCAGCAGCAGCAGCAGCAGCAGCAGCGGCGGCGGCAGCGGCACGACGGGGAAGCCGUCGGCCCGUCACCGGCCGGCCCCGCCGACUCCUCGCCCGCCGAGCCCCUCCCCGCCGCCACGUCGGCGUCCCUGCGGCGCCGGGAGACGCUGCUGUCGCUGGAGCUGGAGGACGCUCGCAGCGUCCUGAGGCGCGAGCGACAGCACAACGAGCAGCUGCGGCUCGAGGUGGACCGCCUGCUGCUCGCCGCUCACCGGCGGGGCGGCGGCGGCGUGGACGGCGGCGUGGGCGGGGGGGCGGCGGCGGCCCGGGCCCGCGACGGCGGCCGCGGCCUCCUCCUCGCCCGGGACCCCCCCCCCCGAGCCGGCGAGGCCCCCCGUGGCUUCGCGGCCCCGGGGCCUCGAGAGCAAUCCUUCCCGGAGCCGCGCGAGGACGGGGCCCCCGUGUGUGGCCGUGCGGACCCCUCGGACCGCUCGGACCCCUCGGACCCCUCGCUCCCCUCGCCCUCUUCGCCCUCCUCGCUCCCCUCGCCCGUCGAGGUCGCCGGCGAGGAGAGCCGGGAAGCGGCACGGCCUCCCGGCGACCAGGCUGGCGGCGGCGGCAAGGCGGGUCGGGCCGAGGCGGCUCGCCACGGCGGCGCCGGAACGCGAGCGGCGGCGGCGGCGGCGGCGGCGGCGGCGGCGGCGGCUCCCUGCUACGGGAACGGCGGCGCCGGUGAGAGCGGCGGGAGGAGCAACGGCGGCGGCGCGGACGACGGCGGCGGCGGCGGCGCAGCCAGGCGGGUCACCGGCGGGGCCGUGGGCGGGGGCACCGGUGGAGGUCCCGGCGAGGGUAACGGUCGGCGUGCCGGCGCCAGAGACGGCGUCCGAGACGGCGCCAGCGCCUUCAAGGAGAGCGGCAGGAGGAGCAACAGCAGCGUGGACGGCGGCGGCGGGGGCACCGGCGGGGACACCGGUGGGGGCACCGGCGGGGGCACCGGUGGGGGCACCGGCGGGGGCACCGGUGGGGGCACCGGUGGGGGCACCGGUACCACGGAAGGCGUCCGAGAGAGCGCCAGCGCCUUCAGGCGGCGCCACGUUGGCGAGCGCUCCGUGGACCUCAACUCCCUCUACCUGGACGCGCUCGGCCGCGAAUAUCUCCGUGACAAAACGGCGAGUCUCACGUCCUCGGCUCUCUCGCUUGAAGUCGCCCCGUGGAAGGGAAAUAACGACGACGACUUUGACGACGACUUUGACGACGACUUUGACGACGACUUUGACGACGACCAAAAUGAAACGACGACAUUGUCACGAGGUUUCGGCUGCCACGCGAGAUAG